AUGCCCGAUCCAAAACCCAAGAAAAAGAAACGUGCUGGAAUUUAUAACAUUAAGCGACAUCGUUUUUGGUGUCGACGCGAGCAAGAAGAAGGCGCGGCAGAAGAAGGCAGCUGCCGCUGCGAAGAGAGGAGGAAGGCAGCUGCAGCUGCUGCAUCUUCCAAGGCGGCGGCUGCUGCGGCGGCGUCCGAUAACGGAGUGGAUAAGGUUUCCGAUGGAGUUAGUGCGCUCCAGAUAUCCGAUCGGACUUGUACCGGCGUUCUCUGCUCGCAUCCUCUUUCGAGAGAUAUUCGUAUAGAGUCCUUAUCGGUUACUUUCCACGGACAUGAUCUUAUUGUUGAUUCAAUAUUGGAGCUUAAUUAUGGCAGACGAUAUGGGUUGCUCGGAUUAAAUGGUUGUGGCAAAUCCACACUGCUUACUGCAAUAGGAUUGCGUGAACUUCCAAUUCCAGAGCACAUGGAUAUCUAUCAUCUGACCAGGGAGAUUGAAGCUUCUGACAUGUCUGCAUUGGAGGCUGUUAUAAGUUGUGAUGAGGAGAGGUUGAAAUUGGAGAAAGAAGCAGAAACCUUGGCCGGACAGGAUGAUGGUGGUGGAGAGCAACUUGAACGUAUCUAUGAGCGAUUGGAAGCCAUGGAUGCAUCAACUGCUGAGAAACGUGCUGCUGAAAUUUUAUUUGGUCUUUGUUUCAACAAGAAGAUGCAAGCAAAGAAAACCCGAGAUUUCUCUGGUGGCUGGAGAAUGAGGAUUGUUGCACGGGCUCUAUUCAUGAAUCCCACAAUUCUGUUGCUUGAUGAGCCUACCAAUCAUUUAGAUUUAGAAGCUUGUGUCUGGUUGGAAGAAAAUUUGAAGAAAUUUGAUCGUAUCCUCGUUGUGGUAUCACAUUCUCAGGAUUUCCUGAAUGGAGUCUGUACAAAUAUUAUCCACAUGCAGAACAAAAAACUUAAGCUGUACACUGGCAACUAUGAUCAGUAUGUUCAAACCCGUGCUGAAUUGGAAGAGAACCAGAUGAAACAGUACAAGUGGGAGCAGGAACAGAUUGCUUCGAUGAAGGAGUACAUUGCUCGCUUUGGUCAUGGGUCAGCCAAACUAGCCCGGCAGGCUCAGAGUAAAGAAAAGACAUUGGCAAAGAUGGAGCGGGGUGGACUCACAGAGAAGGUAGUGAGAGACAAGGUUCUGGUCUUCCGAUUUGUUGAUGUUGGAAAACUUCCUCCACCAGUACUGCAGUUUGUGGAAGUUACAUUUGGAUAUACACCUGAUAAUCUCAUCUACAAGAACCUGGACUUUGGAGUAGACUUAGACUCUAGGAUAGCACUAGUGGGACCUAAUGGUGCAGGGAAGAGUACACUGCUGAAGCUGAUGACAGGGGACUUAGCUCCUAUUGAUGGUAUGGUUCGACGGCAUAAUCAUCUGCGAAUUGCACAAUUCCAUCAGCACUUGGCUGAGAAACUUGACUUGGAAUUGUCUGCCCUUCAGUAUAUGAUAAAAGAGUACCCUGGAAAUGAGGAAGAGAGGAUGAGAGCUGCAAUUGGGAAGUUUGGAUUGUCAGGGAAAGCACAAGUGAUGCCGAUGAAGAAUCUGUCUGAUGGACAAAGGAGUCGGGUCAUCUUUGCAUGGUUAGCAUUUAGACAACCCCACUUACUGCUGCUGGAUGAGCCUACUAACCACUUGGAUAUUGAGACAAUCGAUUCACUGGCUGAGGCAUUGAAUGAGUGGGAUGGUGGCUUGGUACUUGUCAGCCAUGAUUUCAGGCUUAUAAACCAGGUAGCUGAGGAGAUUUGGGUGUGUGAAAAUCAAACCGUAACACGGUGGGAGGGUGACAUUAUGGACUUCAAGGAGCAUCUCAAGAGUAAAGCCGGUUUGUCUGAUUGAAGCAAGCAUUAAUUAUUAUAACUUCCAUCUUAUGUUUACCAAACCCGGGAUGACUCUUCUCCUGUGGUGGAUUAUGAUGAUAAAUAUCUAUAGAACAGAGGAUAACGAGAGCUUUGUUAUUGUUUGAAGCUAUCGGGCUUCCAUAUCCUCUGUUGGGGUCACUAGGUGGUAUUUGUUGUCAUUGCUAUUAAACCUUGGUUUGUUCACCGAGGCCUUAUUUAGCGAUAUUUCUUUAGCUCUUAAGAUGCGAGGCUUCGCGCCAGUGAGUUGUUGCAUCAUAUAUUCAAAUCCUAUGUUGUACUUGAGUUAUCCUGAAUUCGAAUAUAUUAGUUUUUGAUCUGUUUUUAAA